AUGUAUGCUCCUUGUGAGCGGGUAUGUGCGUCAGUGUGCCCCUGUGAGUUUCCCGCCGGUCGAAGCAUGGAGGAGUUAGCCAGAGAGAGCAUUAGCCUGCUGGCUUCAGCCUCAAACAAGCCUCGGCUGGACGUGGCAACCCAACCUCGGCUGGGUUCCAUGGGGGCCAUUUUCAUCAUGCUGAAGUCCGCCCUGGGAGCCGGGCUGCUCAACUUCCCCUGGGCCUUCGAAAGGGCCGGAGGCAUCCGCAGCGCAGUUGCCGUCGAGCUGGUGUCCCUGGUGUUCCUGAUCAGUGGUCUGAUCAUCCUGGGCUACUCCUCCUCCAUCAGUGGCCAGUGCACCUACCAGGCGGUGGUGAAGCACGUGUGUGGGCCCGCCAUCGGCCAGCUGUGUGAGAUCUGCUUCGUCAUCAACCUCUUUGUGAUCUCUGUGGCCUUCCUGGUUAUAGUGGACGACCAGCUGGAGAAGUUGUGCGGCUCCAUGUAUGAGCUGAUCUCAGGUCUACCGGAGAGUGAGAUGCCGUACCACUUCUACACGGACCAGCACUUCGCCCUGGUGCUGCUCUGCCUGCUGCUCAUCCUGCCGCUGUCCAUCCCCAAAGAGAUCAGCAUCCAGAAGUACAUCAGUGUUCUGGGAACUGUGGCUGCAACCUACCUGGCAAUCGCCAUCAUCGUCAAAUACCACACCACGCCUUCUGUUAUCGUUCACAUCGCCCCUCUCUACACCGGAGGGAUCAGCUCGUGGGCCUCCAUGUUCAGCGUCAUCCCCACCAUCUGCUUCGGCUUCCAAUGCCACGAGGCGUCCAUCGCCAUCUACAGCAGCAUGGAGAACCAGCGGCUCUCGAACUGGGUCUUCAUCUCUGUGGUGUCCAUGAUCUUCUGUCUCAUCAUCUACUCCCUCACAGGGGUUUAUGGGUACCUGACAUUUGGAAAGGACGUGAAGGCUGACAUUCUGAUGUCGUACUCCAGCGAUGACGUUCUGAUGAUCAUCGCCAGACUUCUGUUUGGACUCUCCAUCAUCACCAUCUACCCCAUCAUCCUGCUGCUGGGCAGAUCAGUGAUCCAGGACCCCCUGCUGAGUCGGCGGAGGAGGCGUGACGGCGUGGUGUCGGCGGAGUUUGAGAGCCGCAGCCGCAUCGUUCUGACGGUGCUGUGGAUCGCCGUCACGCUGCUCAUCGCCACCUUCGUCCCCGACAUCAGCAAAGUAAUCAGCGUCAUCGGGGGGGUCAGCGCCUUCUUCAUCUUCAUCUUCCCAGGACUCUGCCUGAUGUUUGCCAUGCAGUCUGAGCCGGUGUCCUUUAAAACCAGAGUGUUCCUCACAGGGUGGGGAGGGGUGACCCUGCUCUGCGGAGCCUUCAUCUUCGGACAGAGCACCACCAUCGCCGUCAUGCAGGUCCUGGGGAGGAUCUGAGGGUCCUUCAGUGAGGACCGGCCACCCUGGACCGGCCAACCCAGAAAUGGCCCCUGAACUAUCAAGAGGCCCCUCAAAAACGUGCUACUCAUGGCCUUACAAUGGACUUAACCAGAAAACGCCCGUUUUCCCCUUCAGUGUCGAGGUACGUUGUUUUCCUUUGGGUUUGUUGUUCUUCGUUGCAUCCCGACAAAGGCCUCGUCUACCUCUCGCCAUGCGGAGAUGAUCUGAUUGAAAACCCCAGGUGUUGCUGCAGGUUAUUGUUCUUUUUUGCAUAUUUUAUUGAAUAUCUGCAUUCAACCUACCUAUUUUCAGAAAACGAUUACAUACAGUCUAUGGAUAAGAUGAAGAGCUUUAUAAAGACUUGUCGGUUUCUUGAACACCAUAUGAGCAGAAUACUUAAAGUGGACCUAUCAUGCUAUAUUUGAAUAAUAUAGUGUA